AUGGGAAGAGCUCCAUGUUGCGACAAGACAAAAGUGAAGAGAGGGCCUUGGUCUCCUGAGGAAGACUCUAAGCUUAGAGAUUACAUUGAGAAGUAUGGAAAUGGUGGAAACUGGAUCUCUCUCCCUCUCAAAGCCGGUUUGAAGAGAUGUGGGAAGAGUUGUAGAUUGAGGUGGCUAAACUAUUUGAGACCAAACAUAAAACAUGGUGAUUUUUCUGAGGAAGAAGACGGGAUCAUUUUCAGCCUCUUUGCUGCCAUUGGAAGCAGGUGGUCAAUAAUAGCAGCUCAUCUACCCGGAAGAACAGACAACGACAUCAAAAACUAUUGGAACACAAAGCUAAGGAAGAAACUCAUGUCGUCUUCUUCUUCUUCUUCUCAUUCAUCAUCAGCCAUGGUUUCUCCUUUUCUAAACCCUAAUUCUCAGGAUGGGAAAAGACCAUUUACCCCAUCAACAACAAUCCCAUCUUCUUCCUAUAAUCCGUAUGUUGAAAACCCUAAUCAGAACCCUACAAAGUCUCUCAUCUCCAACAUCAAUGGCUAUGAAGCUGACGAUCAACAGAUCUUUCCGUUGAUUAACCCUAAUUAUCCUCAAUACCUUUCCCUCUCGAAUAGCAACAACAUCUCGGGAACAAGUGGUGUCUUGCUCAACUACAAUAUGUGUGAUCACUACAACAACCACCACAGUUUCUCCACAGACGUCAGUGGAAAUAGGUCAGAGAUUGUGAUGAAGCAAGAAGAGAUCAUGAUGAUGAUGAGAGACAACCACAUUGACCAGAGGACAAAAGGGUACGAAGGGAAUUUUGCACAAGAGUAUUACAGUAACUACAAUGGACAUGGGGAUUUGAAGCAAAUGAUUAGUGGAACAGGCACUAAUUCUAACAUAAACAUGGGUGGCUCAGGCUCAGACUCAGCUUCAUCUUCUAGUUCCAUAAGCAACCUAGCCGCGAACAAAAGCAGUAGUAGCCUCCUACAGCACAAGUGCUUGCCCUAUUUCUACUCCUAG